CCUCAAAUGUCAAAAGAAUCAAUCAAUCGAUGAAACGAAUCAAUCAAUCAUUUGCAUUUUAUUUUGUUUUGAUUAAGUAUAAAAUUGAAAGAAACCCAAGAAAUACUACAUUUAUCAACUAUUUUACAUAAUAAAAAAUAUGUACUGAAGAAAUAUAUGAACAAUAUAAGAAUACAGUGUAAUUUUAAUCCCUAAUCAGCUCUAAUAAUGCGCAACAAAGUCUUGAACAAAUUGGCACCGAUAUGUUUUCUAUUUUUACCGUAUUUUGUAGCACCAGAAGAAAAUAAAGUUUACGAAUAUGACUCUAAUAACUUUAAACAACGAAUUGAAGAAAUGGAUGGAAAUUUCAUAUUAUUCUACGCUCCAUGGUGUAGUCACUGUACAUCAUUCUACCCAAUAUGGCAAGAGUUGGCUGAACUAGUGAAUUCGAAAGGCUCAAAAUUUGCAAUUGCCCAAGUGGAUUGUACAAUGCAUCCCAAAUUAUGCAAUGAUAAUGAUAUUACAGGUUACCCAACCUUGCUGUAUUUCCACAAAAACACAUUUACACCAGUGGAAUUCCAGGGAACGAGGGAUCUGCCAUCAUUGACCCUGUUCCUUAGUGAUGUGUUUACUUUGAAGUUAGAGGAAAUUAAGAAAAAAGAUCAGAAUGAAAUCAAGAUUUACAGUGGCAUGGCACACCUCAAUGAUCAGAACAUUGAGAAGUUUGUGUCAAAAGGACAACAUUUUAUCAUGUUUUAUGCGCCUUGGUGCCAGGCAUCUCAGAAAUUAGCCCCCCUAUGGGCUGAGUUGGCAGUGCAGUACUCCCACAAUGAGUACAUACAGAUAGGAAAAGUGAAUUGCAUGGAGAAUGACAUGACUUGCAAGAACUUUGACAUCAAGCAGUAUCCGCAUCUCCUGUGGAUCGCCAAUGGGAGAAUUAUGGGUGUAGCCAACAUGGAGCACAAAAAUGUUGAAGAUUUGAAGGCAUAUGUGCAGAAAAUGUUGUUAGCCGAAAAUCACGACCCGGAAAAGUUUAUGAAGAAAAAAAAAGCACUUCCAGUUGCCAGGAUUUCUGAGGAGACAUUUGAAACAUUUAUUGAAAAGGACUUGGUGUUUAUCAAUUAUUUUGCUCCCUGGUGUGCACAUUGCAUGCAGUUGAAUCCUCUAUGGCUGAAGCUCGGCGAGAGAUUUCAAAAUGAGACUCGGGUGCUCAUCGCCGAUGUCGACUGUGUGCGAUCCAAACCUAUAUGCGACACUGAAAAGAUAAAUAGUCUACCUACGCUAAUCCUUUACAAACAUAAGAAAAUCAUCCAAGUAGAACAUGGUGGGAGACCUCUGGAGAGCCUCAUCUCACUCGUCAACGAGCAACUGGAGGGAACCAGCAGUCCUGACACUGCGGCCGAUGUAUCUUCGGAGGAACAAUCAACACCAGCCAAAGAUGAAUUAUAAACGACGUAAUAUUUAUAGGUAGAAAAAUAAAUAAAUUGUAAUAUACGUAUAAAAAA